CAUUGUCUCCUGUCAUCUUGGCACAGCUCCCUGGUCCGGGCAGGGGAAGUCUUUUCUGUCAGCACCGCAUUCUCCGAGGGGGUCACCGUAUCUGACGAUGGGGAACAGGGACGACGAGUACGACUUCUUGUUCAAAGUUGUACUAAUCGGAGACUCUGGAGUGGGGAAGAGUAACCUGCUGUCCCGUUUCACAAGAAAUGAGUUCAACCUGGAGAGCAAGAGCACCAUCGGGGUGGAGUUUGCCACCCGCAGCAUCCAGGUGGACGGCAAGACGAUAAAGGCUCAAAUUUGGGACACAGCUGGACAGGAACGCUACAGAGCAAUCACCUCAGCGUAUUACCGGGGUGCAGUCGGGGCCCUCCUGGUUUACGACAUCGCCAAGCACCUGACGUACGAGAACGUUGAACGCUGGCUGAAGGAGCUGAGGGACCACGCUGACAACAACAUCGUCAUCAUGCUGGUUGGAAACAAAAGCGACCUCCGCCACCUCAGGGCAGUGCCCACCGAUGAGGCUCGAGCCUUUGCAGAAAAGAACACUCUCUCAUUUAUUGAGACAUCAGCGUUGGACUCUACAAAUGUAGAAGAAGCCUUUAAGAACAUUUUAACAGAAAUCUACCGCAUUGUGUCACAGAAGCAGAUAGCGGACAGAUCUGCUCACGAUGAGUCUCCAGGCAACAAUGUAGUGGACAUAAGUGUCCCACCAACCACUGACGGGCAGAAGGGCAACAAACUCCAGUGCUGCCAAAACCUGUGACACUCAGUCCCCACAACACUCAUCCUCUCCUCCUCAUCCACCUUGAUAUCACAUCACCUGUGCACUUUCUGUUACCGUAGCUUUGCUCACGGCCAACUCCUUUGCCACUCUAGACUUUAUUUUUUAUUCCUACCUUUCCUUCUGUUUUAUAUAAUACUUUUGAACUCACCUGUGCUCUUCUCUUCUGCCAUGAAAGAAAACAAGAAGCCUUUAUGUGACUUGGUCAGUCCAGUUGUUCAUGGAGUCAAUGUGAAGGUUCCUGCAAUGCAGGGACGGGACAGCUGUCGCUGUCUUAAUGAAGCCUGUGAAGCUGUUUGAACUCUACUGAAACUCUGUCAAUGCACAGGGAGGUUGUGGCAUACAUUUCAAUGGUUACCACUAGAUGGUGCUGCGUAAAUAAACUACAGUCAGUUACUCCAACCUGGUGAAGCAGUAUUAUGCCUUCUGACAGUGUGGUUCUCAUGUCCUUCUUACAUCAGUUAAGUUAUCAUGCCAAAAUAUCCUCUUUAGGUAUUUAUUGAAGAAUAUUUGGCUUAAGUUGUCAUUGUUUUACUUUCAGUUGAAGAACUGUAAAAAUUUACAAUAAAAUUCUUGACAGAAGUUUUGUGUUGAGU